CGGUCUCCUGCCUGCCCUGCCCCAGCCCCCUCUCCCCCUCUGGGGACCUGCGAGCUCGGUAGUGAGAGAUUCGGAAUCGCAACUCUGCAAGCCUCUGGCCCCGAGGCCCCGAGGCCCCGUCCGGCUUCGCGCCCCCCCCCGCACCGUGAUCCCCCCUCUUUUCGCGGGAUCACCCCCCCCCCAUGCUCCCUGCAGGUGGGCCGGUGGUCGCCGUCGCCUCGGCCCAGACCGUUUGGCUUCGGGAGUUGACGACGUACUGAGAUUCCAGACUGGUCAUUUCAUCUUUUUAGGCCUCAGUUGCCCUAUCUGUAAACAAGAAGUUGGGUCGAAUGAUUUCUAAGGGCCUGCAACUCGGACAUUCUAGGAUGUUUUGAUUCUUUGAUCCAGCUAUAGGCUUCCUCAAGGGAGGUGGCGCUGGAGUGAAAAGAGCUUGGCAAACCUAGCUUGGAUUCCCGGUUGCAGGACCCUAGGCAAGUUACCUAACCUCCCUAGGCUCUAGUCUAUACAUAUAUAAAAUCAGAAUACUACCACGCACCUCCUUUGAAAGUUCUGAGGAUAAUAUGAAUUGAGAAAUAGAGAGUUCAGUCCAGUGUAGCUGCUUGGUAGGUUUGUUGGUUUCUUUCCUUUGUCCCACAUUUUUCCUCCCUAGGAGGCACUACCAACCCCCUUAGCAUCAACUGUCAUCUUCCCAGCUGACCCUCAAAUCUGCAUCUCCAGCCCUGAUCUUUCUCCUGGGCUUCCUUGGUUAGGGAUUUUUUUUGGCGGGGGAGGAUAGAGAUUGAUAUAUUGAUGUAGUGGUUGGACUAGUUGGCCUCCCUUUUACGGCUGAUAAUCCAUGGUUUGGUGAUUUCUUACUCCUGACUAGACAUACCAUUUGCAUAUCUUAUCAACAACUUAAACUCAGUAGUUGUAAAAUCGAACUGGCCUACCCACCUGGCUGGCUUCCUUGUCUCUACCAGAGACACCAUCCUGUGGCAUUGUUACGGACUGAAUUAUGUCUCCCCGCAAAAUGUGUGUCAACUGGGGUAGGCCAUGAUUCCAAUAUUGUGUGAUUGUCUACCUCCACCAUUUUGUCAUCUGAUGUGAUGGUUAAGAGCUUGACUGCUAACCAAAAUGUUGGCAGUUCAAAUCCACCAGCUGCCCCUUGGUAACCAUGUGGGGCAGUUCUACUCUGUCCUAUAGAGGCCAUAUGAGACUGAAUAGACUGGAGAACAAUGGGUUUGGUUUUUGUUGUUUGUUUUGUAAAUCCUACCUCUAUGAUGUUAAUGAGGCAGGAUUAGAGGCAGUUAUGUUAAUGAGGCAAGACUCAAUCUACAAGAUUAGGUUGUAUCUUGAGUCAAACUCUUUAGAGAUAUAAAAGAGAGAAGCGCCCAGAGAGACAGGGGAACCUCAUUACCACCAAGCAAGAAGAGCCAGGAGCACCCAUCCUUUGGACCUAAGGUCCCUGCACUGAGAAGCUCCUAGACCAGGGGAAGAUUGAUGACAAGGACCUUCCCCCAGAGUCGACAGAGAGAGAAAGACUUUUCCCGGAGCUGGCGCCCUGAAUUCGGACUUUAGCCUCCUAGACUGUGAGAGAAUAAAUCUCUGUUUGUUAAAGCCAUCCACUUGUGGUAUUUCUGUUAUAGCAGCACUCGAUAACUAAGACAGGCAUCAUCCAUCCCUCUGCCAUGCCCAUCCCACUGGGGCAGUUGCUAAGUUGUGUAGAUGCUGCCUCCGUGAGAACCUCACAUCCUCCAUUCCUGAAGCUGACACUCUGGUUCAAGUCUUUAAUACCUAUCCCUGGGCAGUAAAGACUUGUUACCAUACCUUCUUAACUGGUAUCUGUACAUCCAGUCUCUCCUAUCAGCCCACCGCACCAGAAUAAUUGCCCUAAAACACGACUGUGUCGCCAACUACCAAGAGAUCUCCAAAGGGUUUCCCAUCCCCCCCUCCAAUAUCCACACGUCUUAAGCCUGGUUAUUAGGGCCCUUCAACACUUCCACACCCCAGCCUUAUUUCUCCCUCCUCCUUUCCCAAAUUCUAUCCUCUACUCAAAUUGGACUGUUGGACUUUCCCAGAAAAUGCUUCGAGCUUUCUGCCUUACUAGCAUUGUAGUAAGAGACAAAACGUUCAUCUGUCUACCUGGAAGGUCUUCCUCACCUCACCCAACUGUCAGGAUUCCCGCUCAAAUUGCUCUCCUUUCCUUCCUCUCCCCCCUCCCCCAACUUAGCCCCCUCUAGAAUUCUGUUCUUUCAUAUGUCUCUGUAUCGUGGCACUUCACACUUUCUGCCAUGAACCAGUUAGUGUUGUGUGUGCGUGUGUGUGUGUUGGUCUACCAUAUAAGUUCCUUAAAGUCAGGAACUCUCUGUUGCCUAUAGUGGAGUAGCUGGAAAAGCAUAAUCUUUGAAGUCAUAUAUACUGGGAUUGAACCCUGGCUCCUCUUCUUACGAGCUGGGUGGAAAGUCGCUUUUCUUUUCUCAGCCGGGAGGUCCUCAGUAACAGAGGGAUAAUAGUGCCUGCCCAGCAGCAUUACUGGGAAGAACAAAUGAGAUCCUAUAGGUAAACCGCUCCUCCUGGCGCCUGGCUUAAGCACCCCUUGGGGAAAGACAUUUUCUGCUCCCACAAGUUGGCAGGCCUGCUUCCUGACUCUCCCGGCUGUGUCUUGAUUGGCAGUCUCAGCACCUCCUGAGAGCCACUGUCUCCUCUGGUGGCCGUGGUGGGAGGACCAUGGGAGAACCUGAAGGGAAGAAAGACGAUGCUGAUUAUAAGCGCCUGCAGACCUUCCCUCUGGUCAGGCACUCGGACAUGCCAGAGGAGAUGCGAGUGGAGACCAUGGAGCUAUGUGUCACAGCCUGUGAGAAAUUCUCCAACAACAACGAGAGCGCCGCCAAGAUGAUCAAAGAGACGAUGGACAAGAAGUUCGGCUCCUCCUGGCACGUGGUGAUCGGCGAGGGCUUUGGCUUUGAGAUCACGCAUGAGGCCGAACAACUGCUGCGUCUCAUGGGACCAACAGCUUAUCUGCCCCAGCUUGGCAGGAGGGACCAAGCAGCCUUUCCCCACUGGCCGUCUCCGCCCUCCCAGCCACCAGGCCGCUUGAACCUCCACACUGCCGUGCCCCGUGCAGUUGGUAACCACUGGUGAGGGUGUGGGCACUGUCGGGAGUAGUUUCUUGAGGCGUCACGGAGCCUCUGGUGAGCCGCCAGGCCAGGAGUGCACUCACCCACGGGGCCUGUCUCAGCAGGGAACCUGGCCCGCCAGCUACUUGUCAUCAGGGACCGCAUGCUAAUUUGUACUGCUUAUCUCUGCCCGGUUUUCUAUCUUCUUUUUGAGUGUAGGGAGAAGGGUUUUAAUAGAAGGGUGGAUCAUAUUUUACACAGCGGUCUUAUUUAUAUAAAUGUCUUGGUUUUUACAAUUAAAAUGACCAAAAACUGACCUUGAUGUACAGCCUCUUGGGAGUUAGGGGAGACGUGGUUUGUCUGUGGUGGGUCCCAGGAGCCCAGAAAUGCUUCUGGCUUAGUAGCAGAGCUGCUGGAAGUCCUGUGCCCCGGCCUGCCCCUCGCGCCAUUACAGCAAGGUUAGGGACUGAUGUCACUGGAUGGGGUCAUGGGGGCACGGAUUUAGAUGUCUUCCAGGGCCAGACUGAGCUACUGUGAAGGCGCUUCCAGGCCCUCACAAUUCAGUUCAACUGACAUUUAUUCAACAGCUGUUGUGUGCAGGCCCCAUCCUAGGGGCUGCGGUUACAAAGAUGACAAAGCCAGAGGUCCUGCUUUCGGGGAGCUUACAGCCCAUUGUGGAGGACACUUGAAACCAGUCAUUUCAACGUGGCAUGGAAAGUGACGGGAUAAACGGCAUCCUGGGGGAAGAAAACAAACAAAAAACAAAUCUGUUGCCAUCGAGUCAAUUCCAACUCAUAGCGACCCUAUAGGACAGAGCAGAACUGCCCCAUAGGGUUUCCAAGGAACAGCUAGUAGAUUUGGACUGCCGCCCUUUUGGUUAGCAGCCAUAGCUCUUAACCACUGCACUCCUAGCCCAGCCUGGGGGGCAAGGGUGGGCCCCUGGCUGGCAUGGUGCCUGGAAGCCGGCUCC